GACGAAGACCAGACCAUUGCCAUUGCACUCGCCAUGGAGUCCACCCUCGGCCGCCAUUGCCUGCGGAGAGUCGCCGCAGCAUAUCGAUCGACGCCAUCAUGGCUGCGCACCACGAGACGGUGUAUGGCCUCGAUCAAUGAAGACAUCCGCGCUGCACCCGAGAUUCCAGAGGAGAAUGGCCAAUUCGUGCUCGAUAGGCAGACGCCGACCGCGACGAGAGCCGAAAUCAUCGAAACGCCCAUGGACCGAGGGCGAGGGCGGGGUGGAAUGAACAGACCGCGGCGAGGAGGAAAUCAAGACGACCCCCGAAACCACCCCAUCCUCAGACGGAUACGCAUCGUGCCUGCAUCGCCAUCCUAUUUCACCGCCACACCUCGAUACACCGAUGAUCUGCUCGCUCUGUCCGCGCUUCUGCGGAAGUACCAGCUUCUGCCAGUCCUUCCCACUGGUGAGGCUCCGAGAGUAGCAUGGAAGACCAUCGACCAGUACAAGGCCGAAGUGGCCGAGCCUGUGCGCGCGAAGAGCUACAAGAUGCUGCUGGAAUUGCUGAAGCGGUUGAACUACAUUCAUCCCUCGCUCAUCCCCACAGAGGUGACCCAAGCCCUGGAGAAGUUCAAGAGACUGGUGCAGCCACAUCACAACAGGCCAAAGCCCAUCUUGGUCGACAAGGAUGGCAAAUCCAAGGCCGUGGGCCGUAGAAAGAGCAGCACGGCAUCAGUAUUCGUGGUGGAAGGAGAGGGCAAAGUGCUCAUCAAUGGAAAAGCAUUAACGGAUUACUUCGGUCGCUUGCACGAUCGCGAAACAGCGGUCUGGGCGUUGAAGGCCACUCAGCGCUUGGACAAGUACAACGUAUGGGCUCUGGCGCAAGGCGGAGGGACGACAGGACAGGCCGAUGCGAUAGCACUCGGGUUGGCAAAGGCUCUGCUGGCACAUGAGCCUGAUUUGAAGCCUGCGUUGAGGAGAGCACGCGUUAUCACGCGCGAUCCUCGACGAGUCGAGAGGAAGAAGCCUGGCAAGCUCAAGGCUCGCAAGAUGCCGGCCUGGGUCAAGCGUUAACACGUCGAUAUCCUUGUAUUAUAUUGUACAGUCCGACCUGUCAUCGGUGGAUCAGCAUAUCCUUCUGUCCAGCUCUACCUUUAACACCAAACGACAAUUUUCUCAAUCAUUGACAAGUUCAGGUGGUUACCAGC